AUCCUCUCGCAGCUAGGAAUUCGGCAAACGGGAACACAAGCCAAACCUCACGACAAUCCACACCGCGGUGGAUCUUACAACCUUUCCCGCUCCACUACUACAAUACAUAGACGCAUAUCUGCAACCAUGUUCGGCGUCGCAGGCAUGCAACCGCGGCAACUCGCCGCACAGGUGCUCAACUUUGCGCUCGUGCUGUCCACCGCGUUCAUGAUGUGGAAGGGCCUCUCCGUCGUCGCCGACUCGCCAUCACCAAUCGUUGUCGUACUCUCUGGAUCCAUGGAGCCCGCAUUCCAGCGAGGCGACCUGCUCUUCCUCUGGAACAGAGGGCUGGAUACGCAGAUUGGCGAGAUUGUCGUGUACAAUGUCAAGGGCAAGGAUAUUCCGAUUGUGCAUCGUGUGGUUAGGAGAUAUGGUGGAGGUAAAACUCCUCUCCGUCUCCUCACAAAAGGUGACAACAACCUUGCAGACGAUACAGAACUGUAUGCUCGCGGACAGUCGUUCCUUAACCGUAAGGAGGACGUGAUUGGAAGUGUCGUUGGCUUCAUACCGUUUGUCGGAUACGUUACCAUUCUGCUGAGCGAGCACCCAUGGCUGAAGCAAGUUAUGCUGGGUAUCAUGGGUGUUAUGGUGGUGUUGCAGAGGGAAUAGCAUGUGUAUGAUGGAGAAAGAAAAAAGUAGUGUGUAUUGAAGUUUAUUAUAGAAUUUGGGUUAUGUCAUAUUCUUGUUUAUUGUAUCUCGUAGUGAAGAUGUUUGCUAUGUGACUUGAACUUUUUGCUGUGC